AUGGACGAGAAAGACCUCAACCUCGGGUUCGCCACCCCCGAAAACCCCAACCACGACUCCGACCUCGACCACGACCCCGAGAAACUCAGCACCGCCACCUCUUCCUCCCCCAACUUCGAGCCGAUCCGCCCAGCCAACAGCCGGCCAACAUCCCGCGCCGAUGAUGGCGCAAAACGCCGGCUGAGCGCCGACACCCUCGAUACCCUCCACCGCGAGCGUUCCACCAACGGCUGGGGCUGCGAUAACAUCGCGACCGACGACGCAGGGAAUCCUAUCGCGCCGUAUAACCACCCGGCUUCCUCUUCGUCCCGGAAGAACUCCAACGCAGGGAAGAAUCUGGCCAACGGGGGCCCAGAGGACCCCGAGGCCGGGUUAGCUGCUGCUGCUGCUGGCGCCAACGAUGUUGCGGAGCGAGACCCGUUUGAGGUCGGUUGGGAAGGCGGCGAUGCGGAUCCGUUGUGUCCGCGUAGUUUCCCGACGUGGAGGAAGUGGUUGAUUAUCGCGAUCACGAGUGUGGGGUCGUUUUGCGUAACUAACGCUUCAGCCUCCUACACCGCAACCUAUGCGCAGAUGAACGCCGAGUUCAACACCACGCAGCUCGUCGCCACUCUCGGCCUGUCCACCUUCGUGUUAGGCAUCGCCCUGGGACCCUUCUGGUCACCUCUCGCCGAGUUCUAUGGCCGCCGGCCCAUCUACCUCUGCUCCUUCGCUGGCUUCAUCAUCUGGCUCAUCCCUUCCGCUGUCGCUCAAAACAUCCAGACCAUGAUUAUAGCACGGUUCUUCCAAGGGCUUGCAGGGAGUGCCUUUUUGUCUGUAUCAGGGGGGACGGUAGGGGAUUUGUUCACUCGUGAGACGAUGCUGGCACCGAUGGCGAUAUUUGCGCUGGCGCCUUUCAUCGGACCAUCGACGGGCCCUUUGGUGGGAGGGUUGAUCAACACGUACACUAACUGGCGGUGGACGCACUAUGUUUUGUUGAUAUGGGCGAGUGUGUUGUUGGUGACCAUCGCCUUGUUUGUGCCCGAAACGUAUCAUCCCGUCUUGCUCAAACGCAAAGCCGAAAAGCUGCGCAAAACGACAGGCGAUGACCGGUGGCGUGCGCCCAUCGAAAAGAUGACCCGAUCCGUCUCCCGCACGGUGGCCCAUUCCCUGCUGCGGCCUUUCCAGAUCCUCAUGUUCGAGCCCAUGGCGCUGGUGCUCAACAUCUACACAGCCGUGUUGCUCGGCCUGCUCUAUCUCUUCUUCGGCGCCUUCCCGCUCGUCUUCCGCACCAACCACGGCUUCAACCUCUGGCAGAUUGGCCUCACCUUCAUGGGUCUGCUCGUUGCCAUGAUUGUUGCCUGUCUGAGCACGCCGUACUGGACUCGGCUGCGUCGCGCCAUGGUGGCGAAGCGGCAUAGGGAGACGGGUGUGCUCAAAGAUGAGCCGGAGGAUCAGCUACCGCCUGUCAUUUGUGGCGCGCCGCUGAUCACGGGCGGGUUGUUUUGGUUUGGCUUUACGACGUACCCGAAUAUCCAUUGGAUUGUGCCCAUCAUCGGUUCUGGCAUAUUUGGACUCGGGUGA